GGCGUCAGGACGAUCACGGACGGUCCCGCGGACUGUCAUCCCGUUUGGCGGCGGCCGCGAUUCGCACAUCGAUAAGUUCGGGUAUUUGCGGUGCGUUACUGUCGGUCAACAGCUGCUGUCACGAUGGGUUUAGGCACCAUGUCUUCCGGACGAAGACAUGCGUCUGAAGAAUGCGGACGGUCCGUUGUCCGUUCAUAACAACGUCAACAACGACAUCCUCAAUUCUCCGAAGAGAAUAAACACAUUGCAAAACAGUAAUAUCUUAACUUCAAACUGCAACAAUACCACCAGCAAUUUGACAAGCAACGAUGUAACUACUACCAACUAUACCAUCAACACAGAGGACCUAAACACACUGAACAACGUCACCAACGUGCCCCAAGACCAGGUGCAAUGGUGCAACCCUGCACACCGGGCCAACAAGCGCGAGCUAAUCAACAAUACCAACAACAGAAAUCAACUGUUAAACAUCAACAACACGCUGGCUGCCUCCAUAAGGAACUCACGGCACGGGACCGUGUCUUCCAUUUACUCGGUGUCCUCACCAGAUGAUAGUCUCCUUGACUACGAAGAUGCUCAUCAGAGCGGGUCGUCGGUAGAGGCGUCGCCCCAGGAGGAAGAGCGGGUCUUCGACGUAUCCGAUUCGGAGUCCUCGGACGAGGGCAACGACGUCACCCGCCGCCGUGGAUGCACCCUUCAGCGACGUGGUAUCGUCAACCCCAACUACCCCGGGUUCCAGCAUCUGGCCCACACCUUAGAUUACACGAUCAAGGCGUCCUCGGACACCGACUUCACCGACGACGACCUAGACUCCGACCUCCCCAUCAACGCCCAGGUCGACACUAAUAGCCUGAACAACAACAACAACAGCGUCGCCGACGACACCGAGUUCCCCCUCGACCACAUCGACAGCGUCAAUCGCCUGGAUAGCGUCGAAAACAUCCAAAAAGUCUUCUACGACAAGCCGGUGUUUAAUCUCGAGGACUGCGAAAACUUGAACAGUAACACCCAAGCUACUGAUGAAGUACCGACCAUCGAGAACAUCGACCUGAACAUCAAGAUCGAGGAGCACAUCUCGCAGAGUGCCACCCAUGAGAACAUAGUCGGCGAUUUCGGCAAAGAAGUUGAACAGGAGCUAGGGAAGAUCUCCCUGGAUAACCAGACCGUCGACGACUACAGUGGCCCACCGUAUCCUGAUCCGUAUGAGCUGUUGGAGUUGGAAAAGGCUGUAAUUUUGGAGUUGGAGGAAGCUGUGGAGAAGCUAGCCGUGUUGACGGACCUCAAGCCGUCCGCCACCAAGUACAACAUUGAACCAAACAUUGAGCAACCGUUCAACAAGUUGUCUCCAUCGAAGCAAAUACCUGUUCCGGUUGUUUUGGAAGAUUCGGAGGUGAUCAAAGCCGCAGACAUGGCCUCCAUCCAAACACAAGCAAUCGAAACAAAGGAGUUUGAAAAUGAGCCAGUUGAUUUGAAUACCAAAAUGACUGACGCCUUCUUGUCGAAUGCUCAAGAGGAUCUUAGUGAAAUUGUCAAGGAAAAUAUUUACGUGGACUCCAAUCUGAACAUCCAGGAGCCUGUGAAAAUGGACGUGGAUGCUAGUCCCAAGAAACCGGAGCUCACACGCAGGGACUCAAACCGGGAACUGGAGGAGAUAGAGUGUCAAAUCAAAAAAAUUAAGUCCGACACGCAGCAGCACAUGAACGUGGAGGACAUGGAGAAGUUCUGCAAGGAAAACAUCACCAAGGACUACAAGGAAAAGGACGAGGACAGUGCGGUGCCAAGGAAGAAGGAGAAAAUUGACUAUUUCGUGAAAAAGAGGCGUGAUUACAAUCAACAGUUCGGCAGUUUGAUUACGUUCCCCAGGCGGGAGGUCGGCUCCAGGAAUCGGGACCCCAUCAACAGAAGGUCCGUUCCCAUGGCCAGGGACAAAAAGAAGUCCUCCACCGAGUCGCUGGGAAGUUUUGAUGUCUACAACAUCGAAACAGCAAUGCCAAAAAUCGACCUGGAAGCCAUCGAGUGUCACUUAAGAGCAGCCAGAGAAGAAGAAAGACGGAGGAGAACAGACAGGGAGGAGAUCAGACGGAGACUGGCAAUGGGUUCAGAGGAGGACUACUACACAGACAGGCCGGGCAGAAAACCAAGCCUGCAGGCCAGACUACAAAGUGGGAUGAACCUCCAAAUCUGUUUCAUGAACGAAACAGUUUCCGACACCGAGAGCCCAAGCUCAGACUCAGAAUGUCCGAUGACAAAUCCCAAACAACCAAAGACAUCACCAAAGAACACAAACUCGAAUUCAUUGUACAAACAGAACAACACUCCGGCUCCUGCAACCAGGCCGGCCACAUUGAACAUAAGCCAGCCACUGUUGCAGCCCAUUAAGGAGCCCAUGACUGAGACUGACUUCUUCGCCAGACAGGCUAGACUGCAAACUGAAGCCAGGAUGGCGCUCGCUCAAGCCAAGGAAAUGGCCAGGAUGCAAAUGGAGAUCGAAAGACAGAAACAGAAGAAGAGCCCGAUAACCGAAAUGGUGCGACACAGCUUGGAGAAAGUCGGCAUCCCAUUCCCGGAGGAGAAACGCCGACUCUCCAGACAGAUCCUCACCGAAAUGAACGUGGCCCAGCUGCAGGUGAUCGUCAACGACCUGCACACCCAAAUCGAAACGCUGAACGAGAACCUGGUCAAGUUCCUGAUGGACAGGGACGACCUGCACAUGGAGCAGGACUCGAUGUUGGUCGACAUCGAGGAUUUAACCCGAUAUUUGGGAGCAAAGGAACAAGUAUACAAGGAGCAGACCCUCGCUCCGACCCAGAACAACAACAUUUCACCCCCGUCUCCCGCACCCUCUUCGCCGUUGGCGGCUCUCAAUAGCAGUGUGAAGCCUCACCUGCACAGGAUAGCGAGUCUGGUGAAGAAAUAACGGGACGGGGCCGUUCAUUUGUAUAUACAUUCAUAGUUGCUUGAUUUUUUAACUGAGUUUCGAUAUAUGAGGCUUUAAUGUUAGAACUAGGCCUGUUUGGACAUGUCCGUUCGAAGACGUUCUCUGUAUCUCUCUCGAAAUUGUUAACCGUUUUCCUCGUGGUUCCUUUCAAGUUGUAAUGUUACCCCUCAACAUCACUAGGUUUUCUUGAUAGUACAAUUAAAUAUUUAAAUGUAUAGUUUUUUCGUAAAUCAAAAGGUGUAAAAUACAAGUGUGUACUACUAAACUCUACAUUCGCAGAACUAAUUGAAAACUAAGUCAGUCAUUUUUCAUCCAACCAUCAUUGUUGUUUCAUUUAGUGAUAUUAUUUCUGUAGUGAGUUAUUUAUUUUUAUACUUUGACAUAUCACAGUAGUUUAUUUUUACAUAGUCACAAAUGAUUGUAAAUAAAUUUACUAUAUAAGUAGGUGAUUGGAGCUUAUGAUACAAUUUGGUUUAUCAUCAUUUCAAAUUGAAUGGCCUGCAGUGGUUGAAAUUACAAUGGAACAUUCUAAUUUACAAAAUAUUUUUAAAGCUUAAUACAAUUUAUUAAUUCUAUAUUCUCUGUUUUAAGAGUAAUUGGUGUGGUAUGCUCAACCUUAUUGAUAUUAGAAAAGAAGACUUGUAUUCUAAUGUUAGAAUGUUGCCGUUUUCGCCACUGUAAUCAACUGGGACAAUAUAUCACUGGCAUAAAUUUAAAUGAGUAAAUUAAGUUUUCACCCAUUUAAAUUUAUUUUCAUACCCAUCCAUUGUAUUGAAAACUUUUGGUAUCUAUUGAUUGUAUAAACUACAACAUUAACUGAUCCUUUUAGUACAUGAUAUACGUAACUAUAUUCAUAUUUAUAAUAAAUUCUAGUAAUUAUUGAGGCAUUACUGUAAGUCCAAUUUAUAGAAUUCCAACUGUACUUGCCAGUCGCAUGACUUCAAACUCUGUUACAAAAAUAUGACUGAAGCUUUUAUUGUACAUACAUACAAAUUAAUCUAGGACUAUGAGCCUCUAUCUAAAUAUAACAGCUUACAAAGUUGAUGUUAAGGCAGAAGAUCCAUUAUUCAUAUACUUUUAUUAUAAGCAUGCAGUCAUAGAAAUAUGGAUAAUCAAUUGUUGUUACUUAUUCAUUGAUUUCUAGGACUACAUUUCAAGAAGUAGUAUCUUGCCAUGUUUUUAGAUAUUAGACCUGAGCACUGUAGAAAUCAGUUUGAGCCCCCUUUACUCAAAUGAUACAACUUUUGGCCCACACUGUUUUCUCUGGUAUUCAAAUAGAACAUAGCUCUAUGAAACUAUAAUUAUUUUCAUAAUUUGUUGUUAAGUACUGUUCGGUUUUUAAGCAGUAUGUAUUUAAAUGUGCCAUAUUGAUUUAAUUUUGCACAACACUACAUCUUGUUUAUUUCGUUUUAAGACUGCACUUGUAUCCAAAGAAUCAUAUUAAACUUACUCAAACUGUAACUUAAAGAAAUGACAACUAUCAAACGUUAUUUAUUAUAACACUAAAAACUCAAAUCAUUGUGAAUACAAAUGCUUAAAUAAACUACAUAAAUAAAUAUUACAA